AUGAAACCCGCCACAUCAGCUACUAUAGAGCAGCUUAAAGAAAGGCCAGGACAUAAACUGACCGAGUCUACAAGUAAUCAAAGCUCUAGCUCCUCAAAGAAAGAAGCUCCAACAGUGAAAAGGUCAGGCCUUUCUGAAGAAAGUAAAGUUGCAGCGGAAGCAGCAUUGGCUAGAUUACAACAGAGAAGAGAGAACCCAUCAUUUAAUACAUCCCUUGCAGCAAUUAAGGCACAAGUAAGGAAAGAAUUAGAAAAUGAAAAAACUGUUCAACCCAUACCGGCUAUAUCCGAAAGGAAAAAGUCCACAGACCAAGAAAUAGAUGUUCCUAAGAACUAUGCCGCCUCAGGUGUUUAUUUCAAGUGUCCACUUAUAAGUAAUGACAUUUUGCCAAGAGAUGAGUGGAAACUGAACAUAAAAUCAUUCCUUUAUGAACAAUUGGAAGAAGAGAGGGGAUUGACUGCUUGUCUGAUAAUACAAUCAUGUAAUAACAACAGAGAAAAGAUAGAUACUUGUGUUGAGACACUUUGUAAGUACUUGGAAAAUAUAAUCACAUAUCCUGAGGAAGAAAAAUAUCAAAAAAUCAGGAUGUCAAAUAGAGCAUUCUCUGAGAGAGUGCAGCCCAUAGAAGGUGCAAUGGAGCUGCUCCUAGCGGCGGGCUUCACGCAGCAAAUGCUACCAAAUCCAGAGGGAGUUGAGGAGCCAUACUUGGUGUUUAAUAAAGACAAUGUGCCGUCUAUUGAAAGCUUGACGUCUUUAAUUGAAGCUCUCCGUACUGCUGAGCCAAUUCAACUGGAGCUGGAUAGAAACCUACAAGUGCUUUUGCCUUCACAAGCUGCGAGCAAGAUGGCGCUACCAGCUUCUUUCUAUGCCCUUUCCUCGGAGGAAUUGAAAAGGGAGCAACAGCUGCGUGCCGAGGCUAUAGAGAAGAGUCAAAUGUUACGCACGAAGGCGAUGCGAGAAAAAGACGAAAUGAGGGAAAUGCGGAAGUACAAGUUCGCAAUUAUCAGAAUACGUUUCCCCGACGGAAUACUGCUGCAGGGUACAUUUUCGGUUUACGAACGGUACAGCGAAAUACACGAAUUCGUUCAAGAGAACUUGGAGCACAGCGGCCUACCUUUCAUCCUUAACACCCCCACAGGACAUAAAUUAGUACACGAAGAGGACGGGAAUAAGACCCUCAUUGACCUGCGAUUAGUUCCGGCAACAGUGCUUACUUUCGCUUGGCAUCCGUCUGUAGCGGAGGAAAUAAACAAUAGCCCUAACAAGGAUGUCUAUUUGAAACCGGAAGUAAUGGUUCUAGUGCAGGAGAUA